ACAGAGAGAACAGCGCACUUCCGGAAAGAAAUGGCAUCUUUGGACAGGGUGAAAGUGUUGGUUUUGGGAGAUUCUGGAGUAGGGAAGUCCUCUCUUGUACAUUUACUUUGCCAGAAUCAGGUUUUGGGGAAUCCGUCAUGGACUGUGGGCUGCUCAGUGGAUGUCAGGGUUCAUGACUACAGAGAAGGCACUCCAGAAGAGAAGACAUGCUACAUUGAACUCUGGGACGUUGGGGGAUCUAUUGGCAGUGCCAGCAGUGUUAAAAGCACCAGAGCUGUGUUUUACAACUCUGUUAAUGGUAUUAUUUUAGUUCAUGAUUUGACCAACAAGAAAUCCUCCCAGAAUCUGUACCGCUGGUCACUGGAGGCACUGAGCAAAGACUCCUCUCCAACUGGCAUCAUUGUAUCAAAUGGGGAUUAUGACAGAGAACAGUUUGCAGAGAACUCAGUUCCCCUACUGCUUAUUGGCACCAAAUUUGAUCAGAUCCCAGAAAACAAGAGGAAUGAUGUGCUGACCCGCACUGCCUUUCUAUCUGAAGACUUUAAUGCGGAAGAGAUCAAUUUGGAUUGUACAAAUCCACGGUAUCUUGCUGCUGGAUCAUCAAAUGCUGUUAAAUUGAGCCGAUUCUUUGACAAGGUAAUAGAGAAGAGAUACUUCACAAGAGACCCUAGCCAGAUGCAGAGUUUCACCGACAGGAGGCGCUUUAAUUUCAAGAGUCUCCACAAUGAUUGAGUUUACACAUAGACUUUGGGCUUAGUCCUGUUUGUAACCUGGACAAGCAUAUGAAUAUUCUUCAGUCAUGUUUCUCUGCAAAGUCCAAUCAGUUUGAGGGUUGUUUUUUAACAUUAACCUCCAGCUUACCACGACAGAACAAUUUACGUGAAUUGAUUAUCAGCUGUAUUCUGAGAUAUUUGUAUUUUCAAACGUAAUGGUAAAAAUAUGGACUCAAGGAAAUGUGUUUACUGUUUGUGCUAAUGAGGUGAUGGGAACCCCCCCCCCCCCCUUUUUUUUUCUUUUUUCUUUUUUCUUUGGUAAGAGGUAAUGUAAAUGGUUUCCCUGUUUAUAGUAUCAUUUCAGGAGAUAUGACUAGGUUUUUUAUUAAAUGAACCAUUUCUGCUUAAUCAUUAGGAUUUGUUACCAGUCAUCUGAAGGAAGAAAUUAAUAUUAUCACAGAUUUACAUUUUUUGUUGUUAUUUAUCUUUGUAAAUUAAAACUGAUUCACAAUUCUUUGCUAUAUUAGCAAGCUGUUAAUAAACAAUAAA